AUGGCCCCGAAUCGAAUCUUCAUGGUGGAACUGAUCGUGGAGGAAUUGCAAAUGUUUUCGGUCGAACGCACAAGCGACCCGGAAGAAACGGUUCCUGAAAACAGCGAACCGGAAUCCUGUCCGGAACGUUGCAUUCGCUUUCAGCUCGGUAAUUUCGCUCGCUGCGAGGUCUGCGAGAAGGAUUUCGGAUCCCAGCUCGACGAGAACAGCUCAAAACUAGGUGAAAACUGUAUGUUCACACUGAAUGAAGAUCACUACCGGGAGAAUGAGUUAAACUAUGAGAUCUCCGCUCUGGAAAAGCAAACCGACGGUCGGAAGAAAGUCCUCGGCAAAUGGGACGAAUCGGCCAGCGAAAUUCUUCGCAACCUGGCGAAGAACUACGAUGACAUCAACGGAAGGCGGGGAUCUGAAGCUUCAAUCGGAACGGCCCUUUCGGUGGAUUCAAUCUCGAAGAAGAACGUCCCCGUAUCGGAGACGUUCCGGUCUCUGUAUCCACUGCGCAACGACAGCGAAAUUGUCCGAGGAUGCGUCAUCGUGACAUUCAGAAUCUCCUGUCUUGGGGAGAGGAUCACUCAGAAGAUUAAGCUUGGCGCAAAAGACGAUCAGCCAGGUGUUACCUGCUUCAAAACGACUGAUCAGGAAGAUCGUGAGCAUUUUAUGAAAUGUGUGGUGUUCGAUGAGGUGGCUCAUCCGCAUCCCGUACUCUGCGGAGAAUGUGAGCCAGAGGCAAAUGUGGCGUCGCUUCCUCCGACCCCGCCAGCAUCCGUGACCAGCAAGGAGGAAAUUUGCUCGCCUUACGACGAGUAUACGGCCGAAUUGAACGGCAAUGCCAUUGCCAUUCGAAUCGAGAAGAACUCGGAGCUUAAGGUCAUGCUAGAUAACGAUCAGGAUGAUAACUGCACCAAAGGAUGCUGGACCUCGCUCAAGCUGCCGGAAGGCGUCUACGCCCUGGAGGAACGCGACGUCCAACGAGAGCAGAACGCUUGCCACCUGCCGGUGAUCCGAGGUAACCUCAAGUACCCGGCUCAGCAGUGGUCUGCCGACUUUCUGAUGUGCAAGCAGAAGCGACCGAUCUGUGCCGAAGACUACCGCAAACGAACGGAUCCAACGCGUUCGGUUUGCAUGCAAACGCGCAAUCCGGAAGCGGAACCCCAUUCGAUUCACCCGUGUGGCAUCGAAAUCUGCAAGAAGGGAUGGCACGAUCCAAAUGUUGACGUAUUUGUCCUCAAGUUGGGCAAAAAUAAAACAACUCGCGCCGCGGAUGGCGGCAAUCAGAUCGAACUGGAACUGAGGACCCCCAAGGGACCAAUGUACGAACGGCGACCGAAGGAAACUCGUGGCGUUCAGGUGAUCGAAGCCGAGUUUGAAGAUUUGCAGAAGCCCGCUGAGGAGAUCAAGCAGCCGAAGAAGAAGGCGGCAGCCGCCGGUGGUGCCAAGAAGGGAGGUAAAAAGAAGUAACAGAAGAAAGUCCGAUUACAUUCGAUUGUUUCCCACUAGCACAGUCAUUAAAGGUUAUUUGAACAUUG